AUGGCACCUCGCAAGCCUCGUUGCAAUUUCAAGGAGUGCAAGGAAGCGGCACAGCGGAUCGUCGGAGACUGCAGUUUUUGCCACGGCCACUUUUGCUCAAAGCACCGCAUGCUCGAAGCCCACUCCUGUACCGGGCUGGAGGAUUGCAAGAAGGAAUCACAUGCUCGCAACGCCGACAAGCUGAACAGCGAACGAACAGUCGUUGUCAAGGGUGUAUAA